CCGAGCCCGUCCAAAUACAGAGCAGAGAGUAGAGAGUAGAGAGAGUGUAGAGGCUUUGUUUGUAGAUCCGAAUAAGAAAGAGAAGUAGAAGAAGAAUUAUAGGUGGGGAAGGACUCCUUCAAUUCAAUUUCAUCAAUCAAUAUAUCUAAGAAAACUCUUUGACUAAGCUAUUACUUUCCCUUUUUUCCAUUUCUUGGAACUAUAAGCUUCUCUACUUUCAGAUUCAAUAAAUCUUUGCAGAACAGGUAGUAAAACUCACCAUGUACAAGCAGUCACCUAGUAGGAACCAUAGAUCCAAAGGUGUCAAGGUUAAGAAUGUUUUACAAAUCUGUCUGUUGCUUGCUGUUUGCUUUUGGCUGAUUUACCAGGUCAAGCACUCACAUGAUAAAAAGAGAGAAUUUGAUGAAGAUGAUGCCAAGUCUUCAAUUAAGAGUGGAAGUAGCAAUGAACUUAUGAAACUUGGAAGGAAAGAUCUACCACGGAUUGAGGGAUUAGAUACAGUUGAUGAGAAGCAUAGGGAGGAACCUGAAGAUGAAACAGUGGAAGAAGAAGAAGAAGGGAAUAAGCCUGAGGAAGAAGAUCUAGAAGAGAACAAUACUAAAGAGAAGAAUGGUGAACACAGAGAAGAUGGAGAAGAUGAGGUUGAUGAUCAUGAUCAAGAGAAGAAUGAUGAACGCAGAGAAGAUGGAGAAGAUGAAGUCGAUGAUCAUGAUCAAGAGAAGAAUGAUGAACACAGAGAAGAUGGAGAAGAUGAGGUCGAUGAUCAUGAUCAAGAGAAGAAUGAUGAACACAGAGAAGAUGAGAUCGAUGAUCAUGAGAAGUCUGAUGUAGAGCGUAAUCAAGAAGUGGAUGCUGUUGAUGAAGACAAGGAACGAGGAGAAGAUAACGAGAAGGAAACUGAAGUGAAUGAUAGUCAGGUGGAGGAAGAAAAUUCAUUGGAGGACCAUGAUCACGACGAGGACUCAAGCAGUUCACAUGAGGCACGUGAAGAACAUUAUAAAGCAGAUGAUGCUUCAAGUGCAGUGACUCAUGAUACAGUUGUAACUACAACUGAAAAUGAGAGUGGUAAGGUAGAGCAAGAAGUAGAACAUGCUGCUGAAGCCAAGAGUGAAGAUGGUGUUAAUAACAUUAUGCAGAUCAAUGCCAGCCAAAAUACAACAGCGGCUUUGAAGGAGGAAAAUGGUAAAGCAGAUGAGGAAGACAGUCCUCCAAACACAACAAACAUUGAAGAGAAGCAUGAUGACCCAAUCUUAUCCACUGCUGCAGAUAAUUCAGUUUCAAAUUCCACAAGAACAGAAGGAUUGACUGAUAAUUCUGAAUCAAGAACCUACUCGAAAGAACUGAGCACACAGACUCAUGACCUUCUACAGAAUGGAACCCAGGCCACAGUAGGGGAUACAACGUCUUCCAACAUGUCAACUAGUACUUCACAGCAAAGCAGCAACUCUGCAGAUACGGUGGAUGACAAUCAAAUUGAUUCUAAUUUAACAUUUUCCUCUAAAAACGACGAGUUAGACUCAAUACCGGUCGAUUCCUCCAAUGUGUCUGGUGAUACAGAGCCUUCCCUGGCAGAAAAAGUCGUCCAAGGGAAUGCAACUGCUGAAGCAGUAGAUAAUGAGGGGUUGCCUUUGAAUGAUAACAAUGCAACUGAGGUUGAGAAGGCAGAUACUAGCAGUGAAGAAACCGGAACUACUGAUGAAGACGUGGAUGCGUCAAUUGUUGAGAAUUUGGGAGAAGUUCAAGAUGAUCUGAUUGAUACUUCUGAUUCGUCCACCCACUUGGAAGAGAAACAUGUCCGCACAGAUGUGGAAACUCUUCCUGAAAUACAAACUGAAGGAAGCAUGGAAGAUGCUGCAGCAGAAUGAUAACUGUACAAUUAAACAAGUAGUGUGUUUAGUUUCGUGAUGAGUUUUCACACUUCCGUUUACUAUUAUUCAGUUUCACAAAUGUGCAAAAUUCAUAAGCUGUAGACCAUAUUAAUGUUACAGGCAUAAUAUAGGCAAGAGUGAAGGGCUCCAACUUGUAUAAUCGUUUCUACUUUCUAGCCUCUUUAGAACAAAGAGUGUCUUCCAUUUUUCUGUUUAAUCUAUUUUCUAUAUAGAUUGUGUUGCUUCUGUUA